ACCCCGGGUUGAGAGCCCGGGGCUGCGGGCGCGCGCCGCCAGGAGUUGGCGUCCGCGUGCGGCCGGGAGCGGGGCGGGGUGGGCGCGCGGGGGGAGGGGGCGGGGGGGCCGGACACUCAUCCCUGUCAUCCCCCGGGACCAGAAGAUGGAUGGCGUUCGGGGGCCGCUCGCCCCGGCGCCGCGGGGAGACGUCAGAGCGCGCGGGUCCGGGCUGGGCGAGCCCCCGGCGCCCCCCCUCCGGGCCGCCUAUAAAGGGGGGCGGUGGCGGCGCGGGCAGAGCGCGGGCGGCGGCGGCGAGUGCAGGUCUGUCCGGCCCGGCUGCUCGGCCCCGCGCCCCCCGCACCCGCCCCGCCGGGGCCAUGCGCGCCCGGGAGCUGCGGCUGGCGCUGCUGGCGCUCGUGCUGUGCCAGGCGGCCCGCGGCCCCGCCGCCCCGCUGCCCGGCCCCGGGGGCCCCGCCGUGGCCAAGAUGUACCCGCGCGGCAACCACUGGGCGGUGGGGCACUUAAUGGGGAAGAAAAGCACAGAAGAGUCCCCGGAUGCUUUUGAGCCGGGGAGCCUGCAGGAACAGCUGCGGGAGUAUCUCGGGUGGGAAGCGGCAGCAAGAAACCUGCUCCACGUCAUGAAAGCCCAGGAGACCCGAGGCCAUCAGUCCCCUCACCCGCAGCCUCUGGGCAGCGGCCAGUCUGCUCCCUGGGAUGGAGUGGAGCGCCAGGACUUGAAAGGGUGGGGGGACACCCCACACCAGGUUCUCCACAAAGAGGAAGAUGCCCACACUUAGAGGGACAUUGACCGCAGAUCCCCGUGUCAUGGAAGCGGGAUCAGACCUGGAGCGACUUGACUGCUGUACCCUCCAGCCUCUGCCCUCCCGACCCGGCAUCCUUCUUGUACCUUCCAACGUCGACUCGACCAUUGACUCUCAAGCAGCUGCUUCUUGUUUGCUGUGACCUUGCCCACAAGGUCUGCCAAUGAACGCUUCACGCCCAGGCGGCUCGUCCAUUCGAUCCCAGUCCCUGACCUGUUAACGGAUCGCAAUAAAAACCUUA